CUACAUCUAGUCUCUAGAUCUAGACCUAGAACUUAGAUGUGAUUUUGAUCUAGAUUAUCGUUAUGCUUUAGAAUCAAUCAACGUAAAGAAAAAGAAUGAGUGACUUUGAAAUUGAAUGGAUUUAAAGCCUUCACAAUAUAUUGGCACCAGAGACGAUUUUUAUCUUACAGUACAUUUUAUGUGCGACUAUUAAAUUAAAGACAUCUCAGGGACUUUUUUUUUAAGUUAAAAAAAAUGUCUACACAAUUAUCUUUGAAAGUUGGAGAAGUAAAAAUUCCAGAGGAUUCGGAUUUCCGGCAUUUCAAAUCUCUAUGUGAGGAUAAUGAUGGAUGGAAACUAGAGGUGAAUAAAAAUCAAACGACGGUGUGGACUAAAGCCAAUGAGCUCUCAGACUUUAAGAUGGUGAAGGUGCGGAGUGUCUUUGAUAUUGAUGCUGCCACACUCUAUGAUGUUCUACAUGACCCACAUUACCGCAAGACCUGGGACCACUCCAUGUUGGAGGGAGCAGAAAUAUGUGCAAUUAAUCCAAACAACGAUAUUGGUUACUAUGCAAUUCGCUGUCCACCACCACUAAAAAACAGAGACUUUGUCACUCAGAGGUCAUGGUUGGAUUGCGGUUAUGAAAAAAUUAUUAUUAACCAUUCUGUAAAUCAUGUUGCAAGGUCACUGAAGAAAGGCUUCAUAAGGGGCACUUCUUUUUUAACCGGUUACUACAUAGUCAAGCUAGAAGCAGAUAAGACACAGUUGACCUACGUCUCUCAGUCUGAUCCUAAAGGUAAUCUCCCUGCUUGGGCUAUAAAUAAACUGACCAGAAUCUUUGCACCCAAGGUUAUACACAGAAUCUACAAAGCAGCCAAGAACUAUAACUCUUGGAAGAGCAAGAACAAUCCAGACUUAAAGCCUUGGCUCAACCCAGAACAAAUGAUGACUACCCUGCCCAGGUAUAACCCUGCAGACAUUGUGUCCGAUGACAAGAUGACGGGGUCAAGAGAGUCCCUGGAUGAGGAGGGUCUGAAUGAGGCAGACUUCCAGGACAUGGACUAUUGAAAGUUAUGUCUAUUUGUUGCCAUGGUAACGACUGGUCUCUUAGUUGUAGGUAGUUUGGGUUCAUAUUAGAGGAUUAGAAGGCAAUGUUUUAAAUUAUGAGUAUUUUUAACAAAAUGAUUUUCAUACUUGUGUAUUAUAAACAUUCACUGAGCGUGAUAGGCUUUUGAAUGAGAAAAUACUGUUGAUACACAAAUGCAAUGUUGAUAGAUGAGAAAUAUAAACUCAUCUUUACAAUACAUAAUUUUUGUCCAAAAGUGUGUCUACAUGAGUUCAUAACUGUGAGUCAAUUCAUAGAUGCAUCUGUGUACGGGCAAAUGAUAUAAAAUGAAAUCUGGGCCAAGUCCACUGCUUGACAUUAUUAUUUAUUAUUUUAAAAUGGUUGUGUGACUUUUAAAAUGGACCUGUAAAAUACAACAAAAGUGUGUGAGUUUAAGAUGUUGUUGAUGUUCUCUCAAAGACUGGAUGAGAUCUUGUGCCAGAGCCAAUUUUUUUUUGUUUCAUUUCUUAUUAUGUAAUGGAGUGAUUUUAGAGUCCAAGAGUUAAACAUUUGGGGAAACUAUUUUACGUCAUACAGAGUCUAAAUUGGGGAACUAUUUUAUCACAUAUAGAGUCAAUAUUGGGGAACUAUUGGAAAAUAAUAUAGAGUCAAUAUUGGGAAACUUUUUAAUGUCAUAGAGACCAAACUAUGACCCGCUUGCCAUAUCUGGCUUGUUAUUUAGUUCUACUCAGCCCCUAGUAACAUCAGCUAUAUAAUUUAGUUCCAUUGGACUCUUAUUCAGCUUCUGAAACAAUGUGGAAAAUUUAGAUUGCUCCUAGCCAAAAAAGGUUGGCUACUACUGAUUUUGAUAUCCUCAGGUUCUAGUCAAUGAGAAGACAUUAUUUUGUUUUCUCUAAAUUGAUGGACUGGCAUGGACAAGGCGAUGUUAGGUGUCAACAACUUCCAAUAUACUGAACUGCAAUUCACAUAAUCCUAGACAACUAGCUGGUUAAGUAAAUCAUGACUUUAUUUACUUGCUGUUGAGGUUGUUCCUGGAUUUAUCCCUUUGCUCAAGUGUGAAACACAAAUGAAAAUUGCAGAGACUAGUCCUUGAGGUCAUAUAGUGAACAGAUGCAUCUAUGUUUUAUGGACUUUAAAGUUCUGAAAUAGAAUUUAAAAAAAAAAUUUUUUUCACUUUAUAAUUUUGUUUUUUUUGGUUUGACUGACAUGUUCAUAAGACAGCACAUGUUUUAGUUUGUUUUUAACUUUAUACUUUAGUUUUAAGCAGACAUCUGAACAAAAAUGGCAUAAAAACUAUUUUGGCUCAGUUUUUUUUUUUUUUUUUUUUUUUUUGAAUGUUUAGUGCAUUCAUUUGAGCUGUUUACUUGUUGGUUCAUCUGAAUCUAAAUUGCUGUUUCAUAAUAGGUUCUGCUUUUUUACAUUAGUAAUAUGCUGCUCACAUUAGCUGUCUUCAGUUUCUCACAGUGAUACUAUAUCAGUAACAAGCAUAAUUGUUUCUGUUUACAAAAUUGUUUAGACGGUGAUUCAUUUUGUUGGUCAUUUUCAGACACUUGUUUGGCAUAAUAAAAGUGUGGAACUUACUAAUUCUUUUAUUAUUUUAUAGCUUUGAUAUUCCAUAUUCCAAGCAUAUAAAACUAUUUGUAGUUUUAAGAGUGAACUUUUUUUUCUUCUAUGCUCAGAACUCAAUGCCCUCUUUGAUUGCAAAUGUAUAAGUUUUAUCAGUCAACAAUUUAUUUUCCAUUUUCAUUGGACUAUAUUUUUGUCUACUAACACUUGAUUUUUUUCUUAUAAUAUUGGACAUUAUUAAGUUAUACAUUUUUAAUAUCAUUUCUUUAUUUCUUUUCUCAUAAUUAUAUCUUUUUUUUUGAAAAGGUGAUAACCUUUAUCAUUACAUUGUGUGCAUGCAUUGAAAAUAUUGAAUUGAAUAAGAUAGUUCAGUGUAAUGAUUUGAUUUGAGAGCAUUUUUCAAGACUCUGUUUUAUUACAAGAUUUAUAAAAGUUUUAUUUCUAGGUGUGUCUUAUUUCAAUGACAUAUCAUCCACUUGCUCAGAAGUUCACUAAAAUACCAAAGUCCCUAUUUUUGUGUGUACAUAUAAGAUAGAAAUAUAUAUAUAUAUAUUUUAUUUUAAAGAAAAGCAUCACAUGUGGAUCAAUUUAAAGUUAGUCUUAACCUCAGUGUAGCAUGUGUGUGCAGGGGGAACAGCUGGGGAUAAUCUUGUAAUGCAUUCAGUAUUUAUUAUCUGUGCGGUAGAGAUGCUAGCUUGUAAUUUUUUGUAGUCAAAUAUUUAUAUGCAGAAGUGACUUCUAGUUCAUAUUAGAAGUACUCUGGUUACUAGAUAUAUACUUCUUGCUUUUGGGUUAGGGUUAUGUGGUUAAUUUUAGCUUGAUCAAACUCAUUAGUCUAUCUCUACUGGAAAUAUAAAAGUGAUUUUUUUAUAAAUGUGUAGUCAGUUUUUAAAAAGGAACAAGAAAAACAAAAAAAAACUUUAAAAAAAAACCCACACAAAGCUUAUACAAAGUGUUAUUGUAUCAAUUAGUUUGGAUCUGUCUUGUAAUUAAAUUUAUAAUAGAUCUAGACUAACAAUAAUAAAUCUGUGGGAUUACAAAAAUUUUUACCAAUGGUUUUGUUAAGUGCAAUUUCAUGCUUUUAGCUUUCCCAAUGUGCUAUGAUCCUAUCAUUUGUCUGGACCAGCUGGGAAUAUGGGAGGGGGGGGGGAGAAAGGAAGAUCUGGGUGGAUUUUACUUUUUAAAAGCAAUUAUUUCAAACUCUUGGCUCCAGCCGACAUACUAUCCCCUUUACUAGUGAGGUACUUAUGAAAAUAGAAUAUUGUAUUUCAGAUUUAUUUUAAGCAUUGGCCUAUACAAGGGACUAAUUCAGCUUAUACCACCACUUCAGUCAAGUACCUUUUCUUUCCCUUGUUUGAGAUACCUAACAAAAUAAUUAAUUACCAAUAGUUAAUUAGCUAAUUGUUUAAAUUGUUUUAUAAUUGAUUCUUGUAUUGUCAGGUAAAAGAAAUAAUUGCAUGAAUUUCAGCUCGAUCCUAGAUUGGGUGUGGGAGAAAUAACGUGUACAAACUUUUUACCAUACAGACAGGCAUAGUGAGUUGAUAUAAGCUUUGUAAAAAUAUGUAAUGAUAACUCUCACUAUUGACUGCCCAAGAUAAGGGGAGACUAUAAAUGCUUUUAACAGCUAUGCCAUUUAAUUUGACUAUUAGUGUUAUGAACACAUUUUAUGUAGAUAAGUUGAAGGACAGUGAUUCUAAGACCUAGAAGUUCAGUGUUGAGUUCUCUUUCUCUAGUGAUGCCUCGGCUCUAUCUCUAGCUUCUCUCUUGACCUACAUUUAGCUCCCUAGAGCAUCUAAUAUUUCUUUGCUUUUCAAGUUGGUUGAAUGUCUGGGUAUGGUCACCAAAAGAUUUCCUAGCCAUUUAUUUUGUAUCACACUUUGGAUCUUUCUAAAAUAAAAGGAAAAAAAAAGUGCAUUCCCAUGGGGCUUAGAUCUAUAAGUGUUGGCUGGUGUAGGGCAAACUAUCAAUUAUAAAGAAACUAAAAAAAAGUUAGAGCUAAGAACAUUUGUUUUUUUCAAGAUCAACAUGGAAACAAAAUGAAAUCAAACAAAAACAUGGCCUGUGUAUUGUAAGCUUAUUGAUAGUGUCGAGUGUUCUAGCUUCUUGUAAUAUUUUCCACCUUUUGUUUUUGUGACCUUGCCCAGAAGACAAGAAAAGGUUACUCUCUGUAAAUGAAAGUUUAACUUUAUGUAAUACAGGAUUGACCUGUAACUGCCCAUGACUUAAUAAGCAUUCAGAUCUGCUUACCCCAUGUCAGUGACAUAAAUGAGAGACAUUGCUUUUUUAAACAGAGCUUGGCAUUUAUUAAGAAUGUGACAUUUUGCAAAUAUUGCAUUUUUCUUUAUGGCUUGAUCCACCUGCAUUUUCCAUCCAUAAUUUUAUGUCACCAUUUAUUAAAAUACUCCAACUUUAUUUAAUGUGUUUAAAAAAAAUACCAUACAUCUAUUUUUAGAUUAUUAUAAUUCAAGUUUUAUUAUCUAACUGUUUGUAUAUUGCAAUAAAUUACUACAUGUAUGAAUCAAUGUUUUUAUAAGCAUCUACAUUCAUGAUUGUGUUUAUGAAUAAUGCAAUCAUAAUUCAAGUUUUUUAGAAAACUUUUUUAAAAUAUGUUUUUCCAGAUUUUUUCUUACUGACAGCUAUCGUUGGAAUAUCAUUGAUUUUAAUAACAGUUCAGGUCUUAACAAAAUUAUCUUGAAAAAAAAAGAUCAAAGUUAAAUUGUAUUUGAUCAGCACAGUUCUAAUCAUUUGAAUAAUAAUUAUUAUAGUAAUGAUUGUAAAAAAGUGACAAUAGGCCAAACUGAUCUCAGUGGUGAGACAUUUGUUCAGUGGAAUACCAAAGUAUUUAAAUCUGUUGAUUGACCUUUCUUCUAUGGGCUUCUCUAUAACCAAAUGUUCAUUUUAACUUUAAUGAAUUUUAAUGCUUACUAUUGAUGGUUGCUUUCAAUGUUUUCAUAAUUAAGAUAUUCAGCUUUAUCAUACUAAUAUCUUUUCUUUGUGUGUUUUUUUGUUUUUUAACAGUGUCAGUUUAGCAUAUAGAAACUUUGUAUUUGGGAUUUGUUUUUAAUUGUAAUUAGUUUUCUCUAAUGUGUAAACUGGCUGUCAUCCUUAACUGUACACUAUACAUUGGAUGAGCUGUUGCUAUUGGCUUAGGAAUGCUAGUUUAUCAUACGCAGGUUCAAACCUCUCACUUUUUUUUUAUAUCCCACCAUGCACCUGUAUUAUUAUUCUUUCCUUAAUUGUUUGUUUAACGUGUUUCGGAUGUUCCUUCAGAGUUGAAGAUAAUCUACUUCUUAGUCCAAACCUCCUGCAAGGCAACAGGGGAUGGCAGCGGGCAGGGUAUCAACCCAGGACCAUUGAGAUGACUGAACGACUGUCCAGGGAGCAUACCAAGUAGCCAUCCUUAAGAAAUGCUUGAUACUGAUUAAUAAAUUAUAACUUAUAGCAUGCUCAGAGUGCUUUGGUCCAAUCUCAGUUGUGAACCAGUGGGAGGGAGGGGGUAUCUAGGAGAAGGUUUUUCCGUGCUGCCUUCAGACGCUCAGUAAACACAACUCUGCCCGAGUCGGGUGUCGAACCUCGAGCCCCCUUCAUAGGUAGCCAAGCCAAGUUCAAGCGCACUUAGCCUCUCGACCCCAUUUCUUAAAAUUAUUAUUUAUUGAGUUUGUAAUGUUUGUACCUAGAAAAAUUAAAACCACAAAGUUUUUGUUUCAUGCACUUGUGCUUUUUCUUUGUCAUGAGAGGGUUAAAAGGUUAAUCUAAAAACUGUUUAGGAUUUAUAAAUUUUUCUUUGUGUGUGAGAAGGUUAAAAGGUUAAUUGAAAACUUUUUGGGGUUUAUUUUUCUUUUGUGCAUGAGAGGGUUAAAAGGUUAAUCUUAAAACUGUUUGGAUUUACUUUUGCUUCCUACAAAUUCUAAACUGAUAAUAUAAAAUAUUCAAGUUAUUUGUUUUUACUUUGCAUUGAUACAAGUCUAAAAACCUCUAACACCCUUCUUACAGAACUUCUGACGUCCUGUAAAUAAUAAGGAAAUUACUCAAUAAAAAAACACAACACUUUUUUUCUACUAUUGAGGAAAAAAAAUUAAUUCUAUAUUUUAAAAGUAUUCCAUUUUAGAAUUUAUUUAACUAUUAAGUUUUUAUUUUUUUGUAUUCCUGUAUAAAUCAUGCAAAGUAAAGAGUUGGAGUGAUGGUCAAGUUAUAGAACAGUGAUGCUCAAAAUACGCCCCAUGGACCAGAUCCAGCCUGCGUGUGGCUGUUAAAAAAAAACACAACAUGUAAACAGCGUUAUGAAAUAAAUGUGGCGGCAUUGGUGGGAAUAUUUACUUAAAGAGACAAGAAAAUGAGUUGGUGGUAAAGCUAGAUCUAGCUACAAUGUUGCUCACAUUUGAAGUAGAGAAAUGAAGCCAUUUUCCAAUGUGUAAGAAAAUAUUCCACUAAUUAACUUAAAUACUAGACCCAUGGGUUUCUCAUAAAAUUAGUUUCAGGUCAAUUUUUUUUUUUUUAACUUUUUUGGUAAUGUGGCCCGCGAUGUAAAAUAAAAGGGCCCGCAGGUCGAAUUAGGUUGGGCAUCAUUGUUAUAGAAGAACUUAUUUUAAAAAAAUGGCAUAUUGUUUUAUCCUUGUAGCCUUCAUUUUAACUUUUUUUCUAACCCCAAUAUUUAUUCUUCUCUGCCACCAAUUUGAUUGGCCUUUUCAGUAGUGAUUCUGGCCUACUUGGGAUGUUGUUUUUAUUUUGAAUUGAAGAUAUUGCGUUGAUGUUUUUACUCUUCUUCCCUUGUUUAUUCUUUGGAUUUUUUGUAAAGAACUGCUCAGUGAUUGCCAAUGUUGGCUCUAAAGUUUGUUUUGUUAUUUAGAUAUUUUUUUUAGUAUUUUAUCAUCUGGUCUCUAUAAUGUGAUUAUAUAUGUUUAGUUUUAUUACAUUAUAUCACAGCCCAGAAGGCUUUGGAGUUGAUGACAUGUGAUUCAGUAAUCUUAAGAGCUAACAAUGUCAAUUUUUUCUUUGCAUGUUCAAAUGUUAAUGUUAGCACAUUAUUAACUCGACUUUUGUGUGUGUGUUUUUAUGUUUAGAUGUUUUUCUUUAUGAAUUCAUUUUUCUUUUUAUUCAGGUACAUAGGUGGCUGAGUGCUAGAGCACGUACAAUGAUGAAAUUAUUGUAAUUUUUUAAAAUAAUUUUCAAUCUGAAGAUUCUCUAAGACCUGUCAGGGUUAAAUAUGGUUGUGCUGGUACUCUAUCAAAUCAUACACUUCACAUUUUUGUUUCCUUUUUCCCUGUGAUUCACUCACUGAAACAUUCUUUUUAGUAGACACUUUAUGUUCCAUCAGAAGGACAGAACUGUAUCUGAUCAAGAAUUUGCUCAUUUCCAGUUUGGAUUGAUAAUGUUUACCAGUACACAGCAAAUACAGCAAUAUUUAUUUUGACUGCUAGAUUGAGCCUGGAUACUAGCAAUCAUAAAUUGCUUAAGCCCAAAUCAAAAUUUCAGUAACGAAUCUUAUUCAAUUGCAUACAGAAAGAAAAAUUCACUUAUAUAAGGCAAUAUUCAAGGCUUUUUUUUUCUACCACUCUGCCACCAAAUGUGCAUAACAUGGGACUCACUUUUUUAAUAUGAUUUUAGUCUUGUAGUCAUGUGACAUUCAUAUGACAGUUACUGCAGACCAAUGCACUUCAAUGUAUUUAUUUGAAUUUGUUAAUAUUUAGCUUUUUAAUUAUUUUUUUUUUUGGUUAUUUAAGGGGUUUAGAAUCCAUGUGUGAAAUUUUCUAGUAGUUAUAGAUUUAUCUUUUAUAGUGCUACCCAACUCAUUAGAAAUGUAUUUAUCUUGCAACAUCUGUUAACAGAAGUAAUUCAAUUAGCAGUUAGUUGUCAUGGCUUGAUUUUUUUCUGAGUAAUCAUCUAGGUAAUAGGCCUGUGGACUUCUUAUGUCAAUUAGAGAUUUCUUCCAGUCUGAUGUUUAUUUGGCUGGAGAUGUUUGAACUAAUUUAACUUUUCAUUAUUUCAGUAUUACUUGGAUAGUUGACAUCCACAUCUCACUCUGACUUUGAAUAAAUAUUUUAAAAUACUGGAUUAAUUGUUUUUUUAGUGAGAAUGUUUCAAAUACUAAAUAACUAAAUAAUACUAAAAAAUAUUUUUUUGAUAAUUAGAGAAGUCGACAAAAAGAAUGUGUAUUUCUGCACUGCAAAAUGUAAUGAGUUAGAGCAUAGUUCAUUAUUAUUUUAAAAGAUUUAAACGAAUUAAAAUCAAUGUAAAAUAUAGUAAAAAAUGUUGUUUCUCAGAGAAAUUUGGAUGUAAUUUUAAGAACUUCAUUUUGAAAAUUGUGAUUCAUGUGUUAAAAUAGGUAAGUAUUUCAUAACUUAGUUGAAAACAUACAACUUAUCUUGUUAUAAUAAUUGUCUUACAUACCAUCUUAUGGACCAUUGUCACAAGGGAUUGUAAACUUUGAUUGUUUUCACAACAAAUUUUGGUAUGCCAUUUCUGACUAAAUGCUUUUGAUUCUGAGCAUUUUUUAUCAUGGGCAGUGAGCCUUGUGGUUUGUGACAAUAUCUUGUGAUCUGCAGUCAAUUUUCUUCUUUGCUUCUAGCAAAAAAUAUAAAUCAUAUCACCAGAUAGAAGCCCAAUAGCAACUUUACUAUAUGGUUAGUGACAGGAAUACUAUUCUUUUUAUUAUAAACUUGGGAAAAAAAACUUGAGUAAUUCUUUUUUUUUUCUCCAUUCUACAAUGUUUGUUCAUUGUCACAAAUAAAAAAAAGUAUCUUUACUUCUCUUUGUGGAAACAGCUUGUCACCCAAUUCGCCAAACGGUGUGGAAGAACCUAAGUCUAAGUAAGUUUUUACUUCUGCUCAUUCAAAAGUUUUGUGUCUGUAUGACCUUUGAGAUUUGUUAGUCUUUGGGGCAGAUCAUCUGGGCUUGAUCAAUUUUAGAUGGAAAUACAGUGCUGGAUCAACAUGCAUGUUCUUGUCUUAGUUUUGAUCUUUUUCUGUUGCUAUUUUUCAGCCACCCUGUGAAAGACAUUAAAACCUUAACCAUUCAAACAGUGUGUUGACAGCUUACAAAAAUGUUUAGACUAAUGGCAACUAAAUGAAUUCUUUAAUUUUUUAUUUCCGUAAAUUUGUCAUGCUUGUGAAUACACUUUGAUCAGUUUUAUAUACAAGUAUUAUAUAUAUGUCUGUGACUGAGGGUUCCAAUAUUUGAUGUCGUUAUCUUCUUUUUUGUGAUAGGUGAUAACACGUAAAUUGCACAAUUUAUCCCAAAGUCUCUUUUAUCCCCUAGGAUGUAAUGUUAUUCUAAUCUUCAAAACUAAAUUAGUGCCUUAAACUUUGUAUAAUACAAACAUAGUGGGACUAGAGAUGUCAAGAGAAAUGUUUUGAUUGAUUUCAAUGUUUUAGUUUGAGUAUUUCUACUUGUUGCUUUUUUUAAAAUUAUUAUUCAACUGAGAUUAUUGUUUUGUAUCCAUUUCACUGCGAAGAUAAUCUUUGUUCACUCUUUCUACUAAGUGCAUUAUGCAGAGAAAGAUCAUUCAGCUACUAAUCUUACUGUCCUCUGAUAGGCAGAAGUUACAUAAAUUACACUCAAAUAUUUUGUUGUUCAAUUGACAAAAUCAAUACAGAUUUUUUUUUUUUUUUAAUUAUUCAUUUGUUGCUUAGUUGUUAAAACAUUUCUUUUUCUUCUUUGUUGCAUCAAGAUUGGUGGGUUCAGAUAACUAAUCCUAUUUCUAAGAUGAACUGUGCAUGAACUUUCCAAUUAGGUAGUUCUCUGUGAAGUUUGUAUCUAGAGAAUAGUAUCUUGAUGUACUUUAUUCACACAGCUAUGAAGGCCAUGGCAGAGUAAGGAUUAUGUGCCACUGCACACGGGCAUGUUUUGCUGGUUCCAUUUUUAACUUUUCAGAACAUGUGUUGCCCCACUUUGCGAUGCCCAUUCUGAAGGGGAUAAAUUGAGCAGUGUCAGGAUAGUUUAUAAUGAGCAAUAAUUUCUCUUUGGAUUAGCAGUGAAUAAGCAGUGAACCAUCUUAAAUGUUAUUCUCUAAGAGUCUCCUCUGGUCUCCCAGUUAGAGUGGUAUUACUGUGUUUGUUUCUAAUCAUUUAGUGAGCUAUUCUUUAUCUAUUUGUGCUAAGAUCUAUUGUAGUGCAGUUUCUUUCAGAACGUAGAUGUUCAUGUGGUACCAGUCUUGUUUUUAUUUUUCUCUGUUUCUUAAAACUCUCUUUAAUAGUCCUCCUACAGUGAGGUAACAUUGAAAUCCAGUAACCUUGAUGAGUUCCAAUGUUAGGACUUAUUUGUGAACACACUAAAAUGUUGGUCUCUGUUCAACCUGAAUGACUCAUGCCCUAAUACCUUGUUCAAAUGUUGAGCUGUACAAUACUGUAAGCUUCUGUCUGGCCAAUCUAUUAAUCUGUCUUGACCUAAAUUCACAGCUGUUCCGACUACAUCAGCCUUUUAUCUGCAGUAGAAAAUCUAUUUUGUUUUGAUUCAUGGGAUGUUAAUGUAUUCAUUUUGACUUCAGGAGCUCAGAAGAAUUAUUUUUACUAAACAUGUAUAACAUAAAAUAAAAACACAAAAAAAACUUGAAUGAUAGUCUAAGUCACAUUGUUCCAAUAUAAUCAGUUAUUGUGAGAGAGGUUAGAGUGAUCUAUAGAAAUGGAGAAUUUUAUCUAGUACAUCUUAACAUAAUAUUUUUAAAUUCAACAACAAAAUAUAAAGAUCUCAGUGAAGAUUCUACUUCAAUUGAGUUAGGUUUUCUACUUGCAAUUGUCCAUAUGUUCCUAUCAGAAAUAGAAAAUAAUCUCUGAUGUUUGAAAUCCACUGUACUUUUCUAGAUCGACUUCUAAUUAAGUUUAAACAUUCCUUAAUUUAAAAAAGAUUAUCUUUUUUUACUAAGUGAAGCAUUUGAGAAGCAGGUUUAAAGGUCCAGUGAAUCGAUAAAAAAUUUAAGACCAAAAAAGACAUUUCAAUCCUACAAAAUUUUAGUCUUUGAACUAGAAUGUAUGCCACAUAUAAACCAAUAGAUGUGCGCAGUAAAGGGCAUACUUUAAGGGACGAUGGGGAACAAAAAAAAAAAAACACCCCCCCCCCCUUUCCAAUAAUGCACAUGUGAAAAUUGAUUCACGACUUUAUUUUGCAUUAAUAACUGACUCUUCCAGUUCCAUAUUGGUAUGAAUGCUUCAAUGUUUUUAUCACAAUGUUACUCAAAUGAAAAAGUCAAUAAAAAUCCUGACCAACUUUACACCCAGACUUUCUUGUGGUGCACAUGCAACUUCAAAGGUUUAGAAAUGUAAGGAGUGUUCAAUGAUUCAUCCCAUGUGCAUCCCAUUUCUGCAUGUGUUUCCUUAUUGCUUCAUUGUUGAUUACUCUAGACACUUUGUGUAGGUUUGCUUAAUAACUGACAAUUAUCCAGCAUUAUCACAAUGUCACUUGCUCUAGUUGUUGUCAUUUCAUUCAUAGGAUUUGUUUCCCUUUUCUUCUUUUUGUCAUAUUAUUCAACUUGGAUGAUUAUUAGCUAGUGUUUAGUUAAACAUAUUUAGAAUAGUUAUUUGUAUCUUUGGAGCUUUUUUUUUUCACAAGAAGAAUAUUUUUUUUUUUCUUAAUUUAUUUUUGUUAUGACAGUUACCCUAUAAUUUGAAGAGUUAUAUAAGCAGGCCAGUAGUCUAAAACAUGUACAAGAGCCAGAGUUCUGAUCAAUGUCAGUUCUUGAGCACUCUUAUUGACAUUGCAGGCAGUCCAUUGAAUUGAUACUAUAGUUUAACUGAAGUAACAAGUUCUCACUUGCUUGGCAUGUUUUUUUUAAUUAGAUCCAUUAAGCAGUAGGAUGCUACAGCAGGAGUAAAGUCUGUUUUAGGAUGUUUCAUGAUGUAAUUCAAACUCAACUGAGUUUGUUUCUCAUUAUUAUACAAAGGUUCUUCUCAAUUACUCCGAGUGAAUUAAGAGUUUAUAUUUUAUUCCCCUAGUCAGCCUCGUUUCUUUUUGUAUUCAAUAAUUGUAACAUUUAGUCCACAAUGCUUAAGAAACAUAAAAAAUGUUAAUCAGCUUUUGAUGUUCAAUGAUUCUUUAUGAAACAAAAAAUAAAUAAUAGUAUAUAUGA